CUUUGUCUUUGCUCCACUCCGUUUUUUUCCCCAUUGUGCUCCAGUCAGUCAGUCGUGUGAAUAACUUUGUUUACAUUCAUCAGCGGAUUAAGUGCAUUUUGGGGGAAGAGAAGGGAGCGGCAGAGGAAGGAAGAAGGAAGAAAUCCGAGUGAGGUUCUUCUGAAUGAUGACGGACGCGGGUCCGCGCGGUGGCCCUCGCAGUCCCCGUCGCUGCGGAGCGCCCGGGAGCCCGCGCGUCUAGCGCCAGCGGCCGGCCGGCUGGAGGCAGAGAGCUCCGGCCGCCGCGCACGGGCUGCCGCCGCGCCGGGACCCACGCCGCGGGCCGGCCGGGGAUGCAGUAGCCGCCGCCGAGAUGGCCCGCCGCGCGCGCAGCCUGCUCGUCCUGCUGCUGCUGCUCGCCCUGCAGGGCGGCGCGGCUCUCCGGAGCCCGCUGUCGGUCUUCAAGAGGCUUAAAGAAACUACUAGACCGUUUUCCAAUGAAUGUCUUGGUACCACCAGACCAGUAAUUCCCAUUGAUUCAUCAGAUUUUGCCCUGGAUAUUCGCAUGCCUGGGGUUACACCUAAAGAGUCUGAUACUUACUUCUGCAUGUCAAUGCGUUUGCCAGUGGAUGAGGAAGCCUUCGUGAUUGACUUCAAACCUCGUGCCAGCAUGGAUACUGUCCAUCAUAUGUUACUGUUUGGAUGCAAUAUGCCUUCAUCCACUGGAAAUGACUGGUUUUGUGAUGAAGGAACCUGUAAGGAUAAAGCCAAUAUUCUGUAUGCCUGGGCCAGAAACGCUCCCCCCACCAGACUCCCCAAAGGUGUCGGAUUCAGAGUUGGAGGACAGACUGGAAGUAAAUAUUUUGUUUUGCAGGUGCAUUAUGGCGAUAUUAGUGCUUUUAGAGACAACCACAAGGACUGUUCGGGUGUGACCCUACACCUCACCCGCGUGCCACAGCCUUUAAUUGCUGGCAUGUAUCUUAUGAUGUCUGUGGACACUGUUAUACCACCAGGAGAGGAAGUGGUGAAUUCCGAUAUUUCGUGCCAUUAUAAAAUGUAUCCCAUGCAUGUGUUUGCCUAUAGAGUUCACACUCACCAUUUAGGUAAAGUAGUGAGUGGAUACAGAGUAAGAAAAGGACAGUGGACACUCAUUGGACGCCAGAGCCCCCAGUUGCCACAGGCUUUCUACCCAGUGGAACACCCGGUGGAAGUUAGUUUUGGUGACAUACUGGCAGCAAGAUGUGUAUUCACUGGUGAAGGAAGGACAGAAGCCACACACAUUGGUGGCACGUCUAGUGAUGAAAUGUGCAACUUAUACAUUAUGUAUUACAUGGAAGCCAAGCAUGCGGUUUCCUUUAUGACUUGCACACAGAAUGUGGCCCCAGAUGUGUUCAGAACUAUUCCACCGGAGGCCAAUAUUCCAAUCCCUGUGAAGCCCGAUAUGGUUAUGAUGCACGGACAUCACAAAGAAACUGAGAACAAAGAUAAGAUAGCUUUACCACAACAACCAAAAAGAGAAGAAGAAGAAGUGUUAGACCAGGGUGAUUUCUAUUCACUACUUUCCAAGCUGCUAGGAGAAAGGGAAGAUGUUGUUCAUGUGCACAAAUAUAACCCUACAGAAAAGGCAGAAUCAGAGUCAGACCUGGUAGCUGAGAUUGCAAACGUAGUCCAGAAAAAGGAUCUUGGUCACUCUGAUGUCAGAGAGGGUGCAGAACAUGAGGAGAGGGGCAAUGCUAUUCUUGUCAGAGACAGAAUUCACAAAUUCCACAGACUAGAGUCUACUUUAAGGCCAGAAGAGAGCAAAGUGGUAUUAAAGCAGCCCCUGCCCGGUGCAGGCACCUGGGAACCCGAACACACAGGAGAUUUCCAUGUAGAAGAGGCACUAGACUGGCCUGGUAUAUACUUGUUACCAGGUCAAGUUUCUGGGGUUGCUCUGGACCCCAAUAACAACCUGGUGAUUUUCCACAGAGGUGAUCAUGUCUGGGAUGGAGAUUCCUUUGACAGCAAGUUUGUUUACCAACAAAGAGGACUUGGGCCAAUAGAAGACGAUACCAUUCUUGUUAUAGAUCCAAAUAAUGCUGCAGUACUCCGAUCCAGUGGAAAAAACCUGUUUUACUUGCCACAUGGCUUGAGUAUAGAUAAAGAUGGAAAUUACUGGGUUACAGACGUGGCUCUCCAUCAGGUAUUCAAACUGGAUCCAAACAGUAAAGGACCUCUCUUAAUCCUGGGAAGGAGCAUGCAACCAGGGAGUGACCAAAAUCACUUCUGCCAGCCCACUGAUGUGGCUGUGGAUCCAGGCACUGGCGCCAUCUAUGUGUCUGAUGGUUACUGCAACAGCCGGAUCGUGCAGUUCUCCCCACGAGGAGAGUUUGUCACACAGUGGGGAGAAGGGACUUCUGGGAGCAGUCCUAAACCCGGCCAGUUCAGGGUCCCCCACAGUUUGGCCCUUGCGCCUCAUUUGGGCCAACUAUGUGUGGCAGACAGGGAAAAUGGCCGGAUCCAGUGCUUUAAAACUGACACCAAAGAAUUUGUGAGAGAGAUUAAGCACACAUCAUUUGGAAGAAAUGUGUUCGCAAUUUCAUAUGUACCAGGUUUGCUCUUUGCAGUGAACGGGAAACCUUACUUUAGGGACCAAGAACCCUUACAAGGAUUUGUGAUGAAUUUUUCCAAUGGGGAAAUUAUAGAUGUCUUCAAACCAAUACGCAAGCAUUUUGACAUGCCUCAUGAUAUCGUGGCAUCUGAAGACGGAACCGUGUACAUUGGAGAUGCUCACACAAACACUGUGUGGAAGUUUAUCUUGACUGAAAAAAUGGAACAUCGAUCAGUUAAAAAAGCUGGCAUUGAGGUCCAGGAAAUCAAAGAAGCCGAGGCAAUUGUUGAAACCAAAAUGGAGAACAAACCCACUUCCUCAGAAUUGCAGAAGAUGCAAGAGAAACAAAAAUUCAUCAAAGAGCCGGGCUCGGGAGUGCCCGUUGUUCUCAUUACAACCCUUCUGGUUAUUCCGGUGGUUGUCCUGCUGGCCAUUGCCAUAUUUAUUCGGUGGAAAAAAUCAAGGGCCUUUGGAGCAGAUUCUGAACACAAACUCGAGGCAAGUUCAGGACGAGUACUGGGAAGAUUUAGAGGAAAGGGAAGUGGAGGUUUAAACCUUGGCAAUUUCUUUGCAAGCCGUAAGGGCUACAGUCGAAAAGGAUUUGAUCGCCUUAGCACCGAGGGCAGUGACCAGGAGAAGGAUGAGGACGACGGCAGUGAAUCCGAAGAGGAGUACUCGGCACCUGUGCCCGCACCGGCACCUUCGGCCUCCUGAGAACCGGCUUUGAUUGAGUUUGAGUGAGAUUUCUCAAGAAUGCCAGAUUACUUUCCCUUCAGCACGUUUAAAGUUUUGUGCAUUUAAUUGUAAACUGUACUAGUCUAUGUGGGACAGUACAUAUUUUAUUUACUUUGUUUUGGUUAAGUUGGCUUCUGUUUCUAGUUAGGGAAUUUCCUAAAAGUCCGUAACAGUGCCAUUGUCCUUACAUAAACAUAGAGUAGAGAGACCACGCUUUUCUUCCGUCCUAGUACUAAUCUAACGAUGGAAGGUUUGCUCCUUUACAUUUUUGAGACUUUUUUGUGGAUGUAAAUAACCCCAUGUUCUCUGCUUGAACACAGUAUUUUCCCAGUAUCUCUCCCAUUGCCAGUGUCUUUCUUUGGUGCCUUUCCUGUUCAGCGUCCUAAGCCUGUGGCAGUAAAGAGAAACUUUGUGCUACACGACGACAAAGCUGCUAAAUCUCCUUCUAUUUUUUUAAAAUCACUAACAUUAUAUUGCAAUGAGAGAAAGAAAAAAGUCUCUAUUUAAAUUCUUUUUUUUUUAGUUUCUUUUUCAGUUACUGUGUUUCCAGGAUGUCUUAUUUUUAGAUGGCUACACUGUUAGAACACUAUUUUCAGAAUCUGAAUGUAAUUUGUGUAAUAAAGUGUUUUCAGAGCA